ACGCCCUUCUUCUUUUUCUUCUCCUUGUCACCGUUAUUUGUGGGGCGCAUGCGCCUUGGCGCCGCUUGCGCUGCUCAUAAGCGACUACCUGUGCGGCUGCUUGUAAACCGCUCGAUCCGACUCACCAAACUUAUCGGCUCUCUGAUUGUCCGUGCGCGUGUACGGACGGAUCACAUCGCCCGCUCUCCCUCCUCCUUCUUAAUCAAGCGGGAAAUAACGGACUUUAGCUCAGGUGGACUCCUCACCUGGGUGCCACGGAGGCGGAGGGAGAAGAAAAAGAAGGAAGAAGAAGAAGAAGAAAAAUCGGAGUGAUCAUGCCCCGAGCCUUCCUGGUAAAGAAGGCCAACGUUUCCCCGGGCAAGCGGAACUGGAGCGAGCUCCCGGACCACGAGCGAGGGGAUGUCUACAUCCCAGUCUCAAUCUUCCCGCCGUCCGUCCUGGCGAAUGAGGACGAAGCGAGUCCAGCUGAGGUGGCGCCACUCUGCCUAGCCAAGCAGACGCUAGCCGAACGCCACGCGCACGCAGAGUUGCCGUCCUGUACAGCGCUAGGCCGACCGCACAGUCCGCCGGCCGCUUCGGACGAUAGGUCGGAAGUCUGGAAGAGGUCGCAGAGUGACCUGGUGUUUGUCCGCUCCAAAAUAAAGGUGACCACAGGCGAAUUGCUGUCCAGCCAAGAUUUUGCACCCUCGGCAUCCGUCACUCCACCACACGCCACCGAGACACCGGUCGCCGUGACGACAACCCCGCCGCCCUCUGGGUUUCCUUACUCGGCCGUCCGGCCGGCGGGUCAGACCUCCAACAACGGGACUGUGCCGCCUUACGCUUGUCAAAUUUGCCACAAGACCUUCCAGUACCAGCGCAUGUUGAACAGACAUAUGAAAUGUCACAAUGAAACCAAGCGACAUCUCUGCAGCUUCUGCGGCAAAGGAUUCAACGACACAUUUGACCUCAAGAGACACGUGCGCACUCAUACGGGUGUCCGUCCGUACAAGUGCGACCUGUGCGACAAGGCGUUUACGCAGCGCUGCUCGCUGGAGUCCCACAUGAAGAAGAUCCACAACGUCACGCUGCAGUACGCCUACAAGGAACGACGCAACAAGCUGUACGUGUGCGAGGAGUGCGGCCACACGGCGGCCACCCAGGACGAGCUUCUGCUGCACAUCCACUCCUUGCACCCCGACAGCGCCCUCUUGAAGGGCAAGGGGGUGCGACGAGGCAACGGGGUCGGAGAGGGCGAGUCCACGCCGGGCUCCCCGCAAGGGGCCGAUAGUGACGACACCACGGGAUCGGCGGGCCAGUGACGUCGGGACAAAAUGACUCGCUCGCUUCGAGCGUUAGUAUGAAAAGCACAACAAGCAGUUUGACUUCUAGUGGGAUUUGCUGGGACUCGUCGCCUAUAAACAUUCUUUUACACCUUUUUACCGCAUGUGAAUAUGAGCCCUGGGACUUCCUGGAAAGCAACAUAUUAUGAUUUUUCUAUGAAAAACUUUAUUCAUUAAAUCUAUA